AUGAGGGCGCCGCGCGCCGUCCGCGGUGCCCACACCAUCGGGACCGGUCCGGAGCACCCAGCGAUUGGAGCCGAAUCGCCAGAUUCGACCGCGAUCCGGCCCUGGAGCGCCGCGGAGUCGAGCGCGCGGGUGGCGCUGCUCGAGCCGGAGGCGACGCCGCCGUCGUCGGAUCUGGCCAAGGCAAAGAAAAUUGCGGCCGCCAGGCAAUGCCUCGAGCCGUUGCUCGGUUCAGAGGUGAUCUGA